AUGAAGCGAUCAUUGCUCAUUACCGCACUUGUCUCCCUCUCCCUCUCCUCACCCCUCCAGUCGCCAAACCCCAAAAGGCGGAAUGUGAUCUCCUACCCUGAUCUUUCCUGCUCCGCGGCUUCGUGGCCCUCUGCACAAUUGCCAGAGUACAUCCAACCACAGCUCCCUGAUCCUGAUCUUCAGGACAUCAUAUCUCAGAUCAAUCCGGACAACAUUCAAGCGACUGUUGAGAAGCUAGUCUCGUUCGGCACACGACACACGCUUUCUAGCAAGACGGACCCUAAUCGUGGUAUCGGUGCUGCGCGAGACUGGCUCAAAUCUCAGUAUGAAGCGUACGCUGCCGAAUCCGACGGUCGCAUGACGGUGAGCAUCGAAGGCUAUGAGCAGCAGCCAGACGGCGAGCGUAUUAUCUUUCCAGUGGAGAUCGAUAACGUUGUUGCUACACUUCAAGGUAGUGAAGAGCCAGACCGCGUCUAUUUCAUCUCCGGGCACUAUGACAGCCGGAAUACCGACCCCAUUAACUACGAGGACGACGCCCCGGGGGCCGAUGAUGACGCCUCGGGCGUUGCUGUAUCGUUGGAAUUAGCACGUGUCUUCGCCAAAUACCAAACCCGUGCGACCAUAGUGUUUGCCGCCGUUGCUGGCGAGGAACAAGGCCUGUACGGCGCAGAAUACAUGGCACAGACAUACAAGAACAACAGCGUCAAUCUUGCCGCUAUGCUAAACUGCGACACUGUUGGCUCUUACACCGGAGAUAUGGGCCAAGAAGAUCCGCAUGUCAUCCGGGUCUUCGCGCAGGGUCCGCCCUUGACAGAAAACGAAACAGUCGCUGCGCAACGAUUGAGCGUCGGCGGCGAGAAUGACUCCCCAGCUCGCAAUCUUGCACGCUUCAUCCAUGAGGUGGGCGAGAACGACUACACUGAGAUGAACAUCAGCGUGAUCUACCGCCUAGAUAGGUUUUUGCGUGGCGGAGAUCAUCGUCCAUUCCUCGAGGCUGGCUUCAGCGCAGUGCGCUUCACCGAGCCUCACGAAGUCUAUGAGCAUCAGCACAACGAUGUGCGUGUGGAGGACGGCGUGCAGUAUGGUGACCUGGUGGAAUACGUGGAUGCACCUUACACAGCGCGUGUCGCUAAGGUCAACGCCGCUGCUCUGUGGUCGCUUAGUCAGGCGCCUGGGGAGCCGACGAGUGUCUAUGUCAACACUACUGCUCUCGACAAUAAUUCUCAAUUCGUCUGGGAAGCACCUGUUGAUGGCGAUGACGCAGUCGAUAGCUAUGAGAUCGUGUGGCGUCCAACGGACGCGCCCUUCUGGACCAACUCCGUCGACGUAGGCAAGACGGGGACUGCGACGGUGCCACUCAGCAAAGAUAAUGUUGUGUUUGGGAUUAGGAGUGUAAAGGCUGGAUAUCGGAGUCCAGCUGUGUUCCCCUUUCCGCUACCAAGCUCUAGCUCUUGA